AUGGACGGCCGACUUGUGCAGACGUCGUGCCGCACGACCCACUUUUCAGCGGUGGAGGCGACGCUGCGGGAUUGGCCCGAGGUCGAGGCCGUCGGCUCCUUCCGUGAGAAGAAGAACAACAAGAGGGACAUUACAACCGUGUUUGUCACCUUCCGAGACGAGGCGGCAGCGAAGGCUGCCAAGGCAAAACUCGAGGCCAUUCCCGGUAUAGCCGAGGCGACCACUGUCUUGUCAGUCUCUCCGGAGCCAGAAAAGGCCGUUGCCAGCGGCAGUCGAAGCAAACUCUCGCGAAGGACGAGGGGCAAUGCCAGGAGCGACAAGAGGAGCCUCGCGGCAGAAUUCUUGAGCUUCGAGUCGUACGGGGAUCAGAAGAAGCGCGACGCGCAGACGAAAAAGAGGAGCAACGGCGCGCGAGGGGAGGCGGGUGAGGGGACGGCGCGUAGGGGUGGCAGUUGUCGUGGAGAGCGUGGUGGGAGCCGUGCUAAUGAGAACAACCACGGCCGCGGCACCAGUGGCAUGCGCGGUCGAAGUGGCGCUCAUCUGCAGUCGCCGCAGAGCUUUCACCAGCCGCAGCAGUACCAGGAGCACCAGCUCCACCUGCAGCCGUAUCAGCCGCCGCCACCACCGCCGCCGCCGCCGCGCCUACCACCGUUUGAGGCGAACGUUGCCUUCAUUGACAACGUACCCUUCGGCACCACGAACAGCCACCUCAUGAAGCACUUCUCUGCCUUUGGCCGAAUUCUCGAUGUGAACCGCCUCGAGCUGAUGGUCAUGAUUUGCUUUGACAACCCGGAGUCGGUGCAGCAGUGCAUCCAGCACAUGAACGGCACCAAAAUCCAUGACAAUGUCAUCACGGUGAGCAGUGGCACCGUACGUAUCCCCGGCAGCAUAGCCCUCCGCAUGGGUGCUUAA